GCAGCAGUCAAAGCAGGCUUCCUUCAUCAGCCGGCCCUCAAAUAUCCAGUCUGGCCACAGACUGUCAUCAAUCGCACUAUAGUUGAGACCGCUUUUCCCCAAUCUAUUCUCUUGACGGUCCAGUCAGAAUUACAGCGUCGCUGUAGGAAACAGCAGCAAUGCCCGCCUGAAAUCUCCAGCUGAACCUUUUAGUGAGACGACAAGUCAGCGUUCUGAUCAAACGCUGGUACAUCUGCAUUUCGAACAGAGGCGCGGCCGGAGUCGACGAGUGCGUUCGUCACACAAACAACGCAAGAAACUCGGAAGCAGAACGAUAAGCCGUUCUCGCAACCAUGCAUGGUUGGGGUCUCUUCUUCUUCCUCCUCUUCCUCCUUCUCAUCUUCGCGAUCGUCGGAUGGGUGGUCUACACACAAUACAGCGCCCGCAAACAAGGGCUCCCGGCCCCCUCCCUCAAGUCAUGGAAAACUUAUAUCCCGUUCCUUAAGCCUCAAGCUUCCUCAAACUACCCUGCCCCUCGGCAUGCGGGGCCUUUGGAGUGGGCCAGAGAUCAAUUUGCCAAGCUGACCAGGAGACGUACGGCCAGAGGGGCUUACGAGGAGGCCGGAAGUGGUGCGGAUGGACUAGUGUCCGGUGGUGCCAGGGGCCGGGGAGGCAGAGGGAUGGAGGACGAUGCAUGGGACACCCGCGUGGGGAACGAAGACCCCUACGGGCCAGGAGCGGGCUACUCUGGCUACGAAGAACAGGAGCUCGGUUUAGCGCCGACACCAGGAUUGCAGAAUGAACCCUACGGCGGCGGCGCUCGCGGAGGCUCUGGAGGAGACUACUUAGGUGCCAGCGGAAGCGCAGGGUAUUCCGACGUCGAUGUGAGCGGACGCGGCCGGCCGGCCAGUUCCUCAAGAGACAAUCCGUUUGGCGAUCAGCAUGAGGCGACGCCGAGGCUGAGGAGCGUGAGCCCCAGGCCGGAAUCCGAUGGCAUGGGGGCAAAGGGACAUACGAAGGGGAAUCAGAGUUUGGACACCCAGGGCAGCGGAGACGGGAGCUCGAGUCCGAUCAGCACGAGGAAAAGCGUCUUUCGAGAAGGGAUAUAGCGGCGGCGGCGGCGUCGACGACGACGACGAUAACGACUGAAGAACGCAGAGGAUCAUGAUGGGUGGAUGAUUGAUGGAAGACGUCCCAAAAGAGCCGGUCCAUGUGAACUCAUUUAGGAAGCGGUGCUUGAAUCUUGUCCGAGCUUGGAGAAAAAUACUGAAGAAGGCGCAAAGCAUGGUCGAACAUCUCUUUAUUGCUGAGAGAGUCAAUUGGAUAUGCCCUUCUAUACGAUUGCUUGGGAGGGAGGAAAUUCGGGCAAAGCAUGGCCCCCAAAAUGUCGGGAGUUUGGAACUGGUGCGCGUCCUUGGAAACUUGUCAGAAAGCCAUAGGGGAGAAAAAUACGAAUUAAUGAUAAACUAUAGUCCUGCGUACAAAGAUAUCUAUCGC